CCUGUCCGCAGCAGUCCACCGUGAGCCCCGGUGACUUUACAGGAGCGUGGGGGGUGCUGACCGUCUGAUACAGCGUGGGGUAAAGGAUCGUUUGCCCAUCCGGCUCACGUUUGAACCAUGGCCAAUGAACCUGUGAUCCUUAACGUGUAUGACAUGUACUGGAUAAAUGAAUACACCUCCAAUCUGGGCAUUGGAGUCUUCCACUCAGGCAUCGAGAUUUAUGGCAGAGAGUUCGCGUACGGCGGUCACCCCUACCCUUUCAGCGGCAUCUUUGAAAUCAACCCCGGAAACGCUGCGGAGCUGGGAGAGACCUUCAAAUUCAAGGAGGCCAUUGUUUUGGGCACCACGGACUUCACAGAGGAGGACAUAGAUAAAAUCAUGGAGGAGCUCGGUAAAGAGUUCAAAGGGAACGCCUACCACCUAAUGCACAAAAACUGCAACCACUUCUCCUCCUCGCUGUCUGAGUUGCUCUGUGGAAGAGAAAUCCCCCGCUGGGUCAACAGACUGGCUUACUUCAGCUCCUGCAUCCCCUUUCUUCAGAGCUGCCUCCCCAAAGAGUGGCUGACCCCAGCCGCUCUGCAGAGCCACAUCAGCCUCGGCCUCCACAAGGAGGAGCAGAAUGACUCGAGCGACGAGGACCCCACGUCGCCGUCCGGCGCGGCUGCCGCCGGCUCAGGCUCCUCCCACAGCUGUCGCCACACCCGGGUGUGACCCGCCCGCCCGCCGACCUCUGGACCCACAUUGCCGUUGCCGGCGGCUUCAGUAGGCUUUGAACAACCAACUGACCUCAUACUGUUUGGCCUCUGAAUGAAAAGAGACUGGAAGUGUGAGCUUGCUCUUUGGUGCGGGAACUGUUGACGGGCUCUUCAAACCUGGAGACUCCUUGACGGAAAGACUGGAAGAAAACGCUGAGACCUCGAAGGGUCGGCUCCGACUCCAACCGUACACACUUGUAGAUCCGAAGUUUGUAGUGUAACAUUCUUAGUCUUUUCCACAGAAAUUCAAAAAACCUUUGUCAGCCUUGUUCCCUGCCCUGCCUUUGAAGCUGCUUUUGUAGAAAAAACGAAAACUUUCUAGAUAGUAACACUACCAGGAAACUGCUAAUCUCCGCAAGUUCGGCAAGUCCUCGUUUAGUAACCUCUAUGUGGCCUUCAGAUGAUAUCGCUGAUUCCAGUUUCUUAAGGUGUAACUAUUCUGCGGCCAUUUCAGAGGAUGAACAGGUCAGUUUUGGGUGGGAGUUUGGGGUUGAUAUUUUCUUAAAGAGAGAAAAUGUUGCAUGUUGAAGCAAUGUCAUAAGUUAGACAACUAACCAGAGAUGCAAAGGGGCGACGCAGUACUUGACCUCUUACAGAUUUCUUUUGUUUUAAAUUUUAAUAUCAGAGAAAGAUAACCCAAGUAGGUAAAAAAGUCGUUUUUUAAAUAAUUCCCUCUCUGAAGUGACAAAAGUUACCCAAACCAACCUGACAGCAGAUGAAAAUAGAAAUGUCUUCUUUAGUUUCAGUAGUUACAUUCUGAGUAUUGCCAGACAUGUAUAAGUCCCUUCAACCAAACCUGUCUGACAACUCGAAGUAGGCUCAAAGAUCACAGAAACCAACUGAGUAUUCCCAAAUUUAAAGAAAUUCAAGAUAUUUGCACUUCAGAGAACCAGAAUGAGAGCCAUUAACCAACAAUGGAGGAAACUUGGAACGAUAGAAAAUCUUCCCAUGAUCGUCCACCUAACCCAAAAUUACUCCAAGAAUGCAUCAACGACUCAUGCAAGAGGUGAAAAAAAACCAAACUCCAAAACUUCAAUUUUGGCUUUGGUCUCAUUUUUAUGAAUUAACAACAAGAAAGAGACUGGGCAACAAACAAACAAACCCCUGUUAACAAUUGACGAGACAACAGCAGGGCUUAGCCACAAACUCUGACCAAGAGUUUGUGGCCUCAAGCGAGCACUCCUGGGUUAUUCAGCAGGACUGAACUGUUGGAUCCAAACUGUCCAACUGCAGAUCGCCCAAAUUUAGGUUUGAGACGUUACAGUUUAGUGAGGUUAAGACCUAGAAACAUUAUUUUCAAAUUGUUCUCUUUAGAACAAACACAGCUUGCUUGCGUAUCCAAGGAAACACCAGCAAGUCCUCUAUCUGAAUGGCUAAAAACAUCAAAAAUAAAAAUUCUUAUGUCGAUUAGCCACGUUCUAUUGAUUUACUCAGCGGAUGCUACCAAUGCUUGGCGGAAGAUGUUGCCACCAAAGAGUGGAGGGCAAUCGCAUUUCCAAAUAGCCUUUUUGAUUGGAUUGCGUUGGAUGUGUAAUGGAAAUUGCAAAAAUAAAUAGAAGAAAUCUGUGAGCUGGCAAACACUUUUUACCCCCGUGAAGUCGUCAUGUAAACCUUCUCAUGAUCUUUUUGUAGAAGAAAAUCUCUUUACUGGGAAUUAUAGCGUGAAUAAGCCAUUAGUUGAGUAACCAGUUUCUUAACGGUUGCAAACAAUCAAGAGUGAACGCUUUUAGUUGAAACAGCUGCUGUUCUGCGAGCCUCAGGCAGCUCGGUCACCGUCUCUGACCGUCUCAGAGAAAAGGUUCUAGCCGCCGUUCUCUCAGUUACCGACUCUGUGACCUAGCGCAUUUUACUCUUUUAUAUCCAAGUGAUCUUUGUACUGUUAACAUUUUUUCCAGCCAGAGUCAGCUGAACUCCCCCCGUCCCUCUUUUCGUCAGUAGAACCACAGAGACAGAGGUGCUGCAAUAAAGAGGAGCAGAAAUCUGUCCUUUCCCUUCCUUCAAGAGUCCAACAUGUUGCGUAUGCAGUUACUGUGAGUUCAGCUUAGCAUUAAGAUUGGCCCCUUCAUAGGCCACUGCUCAGCCCCGCUGUAUUGACUUCUUAAACUGUUUAUUGUGUCGGUGGCACAACACAAAAACGACAAAUCCGGAUUGGUUUUGAGAGAUUACGUGCUGAACUGUUUCUCGCUUUAGCACCAGGUGCACGGAAAGAGACGUUCCUGGAAUGUCUCUGGGUCUAAACAUGUAAUAAUCGUCUAAAAAAAAGGAAAAGAAACAAAAAGAUGCAUUGAUUUGCCAUUUGAUUUGUUUUUUUUUGUUUGUUUUUUUUUUUUUUUGGUGAUGAUUAUGCAAGCCACAUGUUAGAGAUGCUGGAAAGAAGAUUUUUAAUACCCCGGGACACCCCUGUCUGCUUUACAACUCUGUUUCUCAAAAGAGGCUCACAGCAAGGGAAAUGAUGACGAACUGAAACGCAUGUUAAACUGAUUUGCAUUUUCACAGCGAACGUUUGGGAAGUGCAGUAAAUAUCGUGUGUAGUUUGGAGUAUGUACUGAUUUUAUAAGUGCUGACGUCAGAAAAGUGGAAGGUCGUCAUGUCGUUAUCAAAAUGUGCACUGAAAACGGUCCUCUAGGAACGGUGCCUUGCAAAAGUAUUCCUACCAUUUAAGGUUUUCCAUAUUUUUGUCAUGUUACAACCACAAUCUUCAAUGAAUUUUUAAUGGGAUUUCACUGGAUAGAUCAAAACAAAGUAGUGAACGGUUGUGAAGUGAGAGGAAAAUACUGCAGCAAAGUUUUUGUAGCUUUGUACAGACACUAUUUUAAAAUGAUGCCAUGCAUUUGAUAACACCUUUUGUUACAAAAAUAGCUGGAACUCUUUACCUAUUCUCCUGUAGAAUGCAGAUUUACUGAAUGUCAUCCACGCUUGUAAGGGGCUGAAUACAAAUGAAUGCUACACUUUUUAGA